UGGAAUUGUCAACUCUACCAAUUUAUGUGCACGUUUCUCUUCCACUAUGAGCAGACCAGUUGUAUUGCACAUUUGUCUGGCUUUCUGUAGCCUUCUACUUCUCAGCUUUGCCACACAAUGUCUGGCCUUCCCCAACGUGGAAAGAAGGGAGAUAGCACCCGUUCAUGAAGAAAAAGGGCAGUCUGAGAGGCUGAACACAGAUGACCUAGAAAAUAACUCCAUUACUUCAAAGUACACUCUGGUCUCUGAAGAACCAAUGAUAGUGUUAGCAGGACCAUCAACAAUGUCAUUAAAUAAAGUAUUCCCUAGUAACAAAGAAACCCCUCCUAUAGGAGCUGGGUUCACGCAGCCUGACAGCCCUGGCAUUUACACUGCUACUGAGCCAGUGAUCUCAGCAGGGGAAGAAGUGUUUGGUUCCAGCCAGCCAGAGAGAAUGUCUCCUGAAAGCCGACUUUCCAAGGCCAUGUUAACCAACCCUAUCACUCCAACUGCUUCUCCGAAUAUUGAUGAGAAGGCGGAAUCCUCCCGUAGUACCAUCAUUCAGCCCAUUGUGGAAGGGACCACCGAAGCAACACAAGGUUUUCUGCACUAUGUGGAUGAUCAAUUGUUUGCAACUGAAAAUCAGGCAGGAGUUAGUCUGGGACAUUCACCUUUAUCCUAUGUGAAUGCUAAAGAGAUGCUAACCACCCGUCCAAGGACUGAGAAAUUUGAAGCAGACCCAGAGCAUAAGACAACUUCUUUUCCUGGUGCUGAGCCCACAGCAGGCGCUGAGCCUUCCCAGAUGACAGCUGAUAAUACCCAGGCUACUGCCACCAAGCACUGGCUCGCAACCUCCGAGUCCACCCUGAGUGUUGAGCCAGAAACUGACAGCCUGCUGGGAGCCCCAGAAGUCACAGUGAGUGUCAGCAUAGCUGUUUCAGCUGUCUCCGUUGUAAGUGUUGAGUGGGAUGACACCAAAUUAGAGAGUGUAAGCCAGAUAAAGACCCCAAAGCUUGGAGACAAUACAGAGACUCAGGUGAGAAUGGAAACGUCUCAGACAACCCAAGCAACCAGUAAUGGUAUGGAAGGCAUGGAAGGGGGCAAAACUUUGACAGAGGCUGCAGAUGUGACUCUGAGGCUGCCUGAAGGGGAAGCACACAGGGGAACAGCCCUGCUAAUAGCACGUGGGGAUGAGAGAUCAUCUGCCUUCACCGAUCAAAGUUCCUUUACUCCCACAAGUCCAGUGGAAGGUAUGAAAGUCUCUGUGGAAAACCUGGUCCAAAAUACUGCAGACUUCAUGGAAUCCACCAAGGAGAACAAUGCCAUGCUGUUCUUAGAGACCACUGUUUCCAUCUCAGAAUAUGAGUCUGAGGCAUAUCAGCCAUUGGGAAAUACAUUUAAAGACAUCAUCACUCAAGAGAUGACAACAGCUGUUCAAGAAGCAGAAGCCACUUUAUCUUCAGUGAUGCAAGAGCAGCAGGUUUCUACCCUCGAGGUUACCAGAGGAAAUGUCGAGACUGAGGGAGGGAAAGAGUUGCCCUCUGCCACAGCUGAUGCUCCUGGUGCUACUCAGCUGUUGAGAAGAUGGAAGCCUCUGGCCACCGUGGUUUCAACGACACCCGUCCCUCUGUCUUCCGAAGUUACUCCCGCUGUAGAAGACCUAAUGGACACAGUCACAGGGCCGAAUGAGGAGUUGUUCACACCAAUUGUGGGUUCUCCAGUGACGCCCCCUGGGAUAAUGGAGGAAGCACCUAGCACUUCCCCAGCGCUUGCUGAUCCUGAGGCAUCUUCCGAGAGAAGAACUGCUGCUCCAUCCAUUAGCUAUGUUAAUACAGCUGCCUCCUAUGGUCUGGACCAACUCGAAUCUGAAGAGGGAGAAGAGGAUGAGGAUGAAGAAGAUGAGGAGGAGGAAGAUGAGGAGGAGAAAGAUGCAGACUCCCUGGAUGAAACCUUGGGUGAUGACACCGAGCUGCCUGGGUUUACUCUCCCUGGCAUCACGUCUCAGGAACCUGGCUUAGAGCAGGGAAACAUGGUCUCUUUGGAGGGAGCCACCUACCAGGGGCCGGACACCAUCGAGUGGGAACAGCAGAGUCAGGGCCUGGUGAGAAGCUGGAUGGAAAAACUAAAAGACAAGGCUGGCUAUAUGUCUGGGAUGCUGGUGCCCGUAGGGGUUGGGAUAGCUGGCGCCUUGUUCAUCUUGGGAGCACUCUACAGCAUUAAGGUUAUGAAUCGCCGAAGGAGAAAUGGCUUCAAAAGGCAUAAAAGAAAGCAGAGAGAAUUCAACAGCAUGCAAGAUCGAGUAAUGCUCUUAGCUGACAGCUCUGAAGAUGAAUUUUGA